ACCAGUCUUGUCCCAGUCGUCGAAUCUCGCUGACCAUUUUAAUUUUUGUUGUAAUUUUAAUCUUUAUUGACAUAUUAAUUUUUGUUGUACAAAUCCAAAGAAAAUACCCGCCAAUUCGGAAACGUUAUAUUAAUAUUUGAGUGUUAAAACAUGCAUUAUGUCGUGUCAGCGACUUAUGUUUAUUUUAUACAUCUACCAUUCCGUCGUGUUAUUUUGCGUCUCUGCACAAUUUCACGGAACUAACGAGAACAACGGUAUUCGAUUAUUGCCUGCCUAUGCCAUCGCCUCGAGAGCCAGUCUUCUCGGUUCGACAACAUGUGGAACACAAUUACGAAAUUUUCAAGACGCUGUCGAUCAACGGAUAUUGUGGGGCUUGAAGAUAUUAGAUUCUAGUGGCGGUCCUAAACCAGGUUUCUUGUAUGGGAAUAAUUUUUGGCUGGGCAGUCGUAGCCAGUGCCUCGAUGCAACAAACAGGAUUCCUUUUGAGAUCGCAGAGCGGCUUAUAUUGAAUAAUACACGCUAUCAUAAUCCGCAGAAUGAAUUCCCGCCUUUCGAAGUGAAUUACAUCGUUGCUUAUCUCAAACACAAUAGUACUCUUCAGUACCACAUGGGUCUACAAAACGAAGAUGUAAUUACGCUCGGCCUCUGUUUGCCCGCGUCCUGUUCCGUGAAUGAUGUAAGCUUCAUUCUGGAGGGAAUAUUUCGUGACAGAGGUCUCUUAAUUAAUGACCUGUAUUCCGUGGACCUCAGCCUGAUCCAGGUAAAAGAUUUAAAGGACGAUCACCAAUGGCUGUUAAGUGGUGCGAUACCUCUCAUAUGUGUUGUUUUAGUGCUUAUUUUUUCUAUGAUGAUAAGCGGCACGAUAUACGAUAUAUUCAUAUAUCAAAAAUAUUUAAAAGCAAAGAGAAAAACUGCCGUUAGUGUAGAAAAUACGGUUGAGGAAAUGGAAAUGACAAAUUCAUCGACGCCAUGUAAGAAAAAUCGAAUCGGGAAAGUGCUAAUGUGUUUCUCCAUUUAUACUAAUACGAAAAUGAUAUUUAAUACGGAAAUGAAUGCUGAUGUGAUAUCUGUUAUCCAUGGUUUAAGAUUUUUAACCAUGUUCUGGAUAAUCAUGGUCCACACCAUAUUUUACACGGCAGAUUAUUUCGAUAAUAAAAUGUGGGUUAUGAGAUUCUCCGAGGGUAUCCCGAUUCAAGUGAUAAGCAACGCAACCAUAUCGGUCGAUACCUUUUUCUUUAUAAGUGGAUUUUUAUUGACAUAUACGUAUCUAAAGGAUAAAACGGACGAAAAAUGGAAUAAAUCAUGUAAUUAUGGAGAGAAGCUGAAAGAGUUCUUUGUCUGCGUAAUAAGAAGAUUUAUCCGAUUGACACCGCCUUACAUGAUGAUGAUAGGAAUAUUGCAAAUAAACUCGGCUUGGUACGACAAGACCUCACAAUUCUACGUUCAAGAGAAACCGCAUGAAACUUGCGCGAAAUAUUGGUGGAGAAAUCUCUUGUACAUAAAUAAUCUGUUCGAUUACAAUACGAUGUGCAUGUCCUGGAGUUGGUAUCUAGCCAGUGAUAUGCAAUUCUUUACAAUCGGUCUGGCGCUCUUGAUUUUGUCAUCUAUAUAUUUUUACACAGCUGUUGCCAUACUAAGUAUGCUUCUAAUGGGCUCAAUUAUUCUAAGCGGUUAUACCUCGUACAUUAAUGAAUAUGUUCCGACCUUGGACGAACAGUAUAGACUUUUAGAUGUCUUAUACUUUCCACCGUGGCUUCGAAUUGGUCCAUAUAUUAUUGGAAUGAUUACAGGUUACAUUAUAGUGAGACUAAACAAAAAUAUAAGCUUAAAAAAGAACACUAUAAUUUUAUGUUGGACUCUUGGUAGUGCUUGCAAUAUUUUCGUAUUAUUCGGCCUUUGCAACCGACAGAUAUCCAUUUUGUCUACUGCUAUCUAUGUUGCAUUAAGUAGAACAGUUUGGGGCAUAGGUAUAGCAUGGAUUGUAAUUGUCUGCUUUACUAAGCACGGAGGCAUUGUGAAGGAGCUAUUAACAAGCAAAAUCUGGAUUCCUCUUAGCAGACUCACGUAUUGCGCUUACCUUUUAAAUCCUUUUAUCAUAAAUUCAAUUCGUUUGCACAAUGAAACAUCUGUUCACUUAGAGUUUUUGUCCAUGAGCGCCAUGGUUAUAGGACACUUUGGGCUUAGUUAUUUCUGUGCUUACGCAUUAUCCUUGAUAGCAGAGUCACCGUUUAUCUUAUUAAUGCGAAUAUUCAUCCAAUCUCGCAGCAGGAAAAAAUAUAAGGGACACGAGAUUAUAAUUUCGCAUACAUAA